CCUGAGGAGGAGCCGCCACGUCCGGGAGAAGCCGGCGGCGGGCAGCCACCACAGUUAGCACGUGAGGCCGCGGGCGCCGAGGGGCCGGAGACCAGAUAAAGAAUAAGACUACCAAAGGAAAUAUGGAAGGUAAUAAGAGCAAGGGACUCACUUCUGCUGAGACUUAUUUGGACAUACUCCUGGAGUACAUUAAGAAGCAACUAGACAAUGUUCCUGUUGUAAAGAUUGCUUUGCUCUCAAUUGUUUCGAUUUGUCAAGAAAACAGUAAUGCGAGUGUUUAUUUUCAAGAUAUUGGCGGUUUGAAGUUGGUACGUAAUCUUGCAAGGUCAGAUGCGCCCAACAUGUUAAAAGAAUUUGCCCUGCAUGCAUUAGGAGCUCUAGCCAAUUCUAAUGUUCUCUGUCAGCAAAGUCUCUGUACUCCUGAAUUGUUUGAUGAACUGAUGACGUUCAUAGUUGAUGAGAAGACCAGCGUGAAUUCGCAGACAGUAUCUAUCUCUGUUCUAUUGAACCUGGUUUCCAAGAACAGUGCCGGACAAAUGCUUUUGAGAGAAACAGGCUGUAUCCCUGUUCUGCAAAAGUUAUUCAGAGAAACUCUCACAAAAUCUGAAAUUGAUUUCUUCAAUGCAAGUUUGAAGGAGAAAUAUUUCCUGUGGAACGCUGUGUGCAAUACUCUGGCUGCAGCUGUCAAUAAUCCUCAAAAUAAGGAAAAUCAGACAAUUUGCUCUUCCAUCUUGCCGCAUGUACAGACUUUGUUAGAAGCACGUAUACAGGCUGAGAUAAUUCAUCCUCUUUGCCUAUUGAUUGGACUCACAGUGGCAGGAAACACACCGGUUAAGGAAUUCUUCAUAUCUAUGGGUGGAUUGGAUGUUUUGGCUGACAUUUUUACCAACCUGGCCGAAGAUUCACGUCAGAAUAUGCCUAGUGCUAAAAUGGCAGUAUCGGUGACGUGUGUCAUGGGUCUCUGCAUUGCCCAGAACCAGCAAAAUCUGAUUCUCCUGCUCAAGAACAACGGCCUCAAACUUAUUAUAGACUCCUUUUCUGCAUCUCAUAAUGAAAUUGUAGGCAUCAUUGUUUCUGUUGUCCUGCAGAACUGUACGAUUUGGGCUGAGCAGUUCCUUGAUAAACUUCUUGCGUAUGUUUCAAAUGAGGUUUCUGAAAUGGAAAAUCAAGGAAGAGCUCUUGGCCACUUGAAGAAAACUAAAGAAACCUUGACUAAAGAACAGUUUAAAAGAGAAGAAGAUGAGGAACAAGGCCCUAAAACAGAAAGUGUGGUUGGAGAUUCCUUGCAGAAAGACAGUGACCAAGAAAAGGCUCUUCCAAAGCAAUGUUCUGAGUUAGGUGCUCAGAUUUACCACCCAUCUGCAAACGAUGAGCUAGAGAGUCAAUUAGAGAGUCCUGGAGGAGUUGUCACAGCUCCGGAAGACGAAAGGAGAGCACAGCAGCCACCAAAGGAAGAACAACACUAGAAUCCCUACGAAGGUGCAGAAGAAAAAGUAGCCUCCAUUUUGACUCCAGUAAAGAAACCGGGAAACCAUUGGAUUUGAAGUUCAUGGUCUUACCCAGGAAGGAAGACUACAGUGCAUCUUGCCUAUAAAUACUACAAGUUGGAGAAAUUAAAUGAUAUAUAAUUCCUGAAAGAAGGUUUUUUUGUAGAGAUUUUUUUAAAAAAUAGUAACUGUUCUUUGUUUUAAGCGAGUUGUGUCCUGCCAAAUCCGAGUGGUUUCCCUGUGUGAUAUUCAAAUGGGAGGCAGUGAUAUGGUUUUCUAAACGUGUUUAUGGUUGCAUGAGAUCUGGAUAACUUUUUUGCUUGUUAAAGAAGCAGGCAAAAAGAAACACGCAACUUGGACUGUUUUUAGCCGUUUGUUUUAGAAUUUGUCUUUUGUUUUACCUAAGACAAAUGAUUAAGGGGUGGCAGGGGUCACUAAAUGUUUUAAUAGGAUUUAUGAUGUUUUAAUUGAAUUUGAUUGUUAAAAAAUGUUCCUGGUGAAUGAAAUAAUUUGUGGAAUGUUAAAAAAUAUUAUUUUACCUAAGUCAAUAAGAGCCUAACUUACUACCGUGGAGUGAGUUAUGUACUAAGAAAGAACAUAGCCUAUUGUUCCCACGCGGUUGUGUCGUCUCUGGCUCAUACACAAAAGAGAAUAUAAGACACCCUUGAUCAAUAAGUGAAAUGUCUUAGGUAAGUUAAAGGAGAUGCCAUUAAUAAAUAAAA